AUGUAUAGCCACCGCCCUCGCCACCCAAACAACGAAGAGCUUGAGCCACCGGCGCCGCACACCUCUGUGUUUCGUCCCACGCCAUUAAUGGACGAUCAGAAGCACAAUUCCCCCAUUGAAGUCGAACAGAGCCCGCAAAGCAGCGCCAGCGACGAGACUGCCGCAGCCACCAGUGACCGGAGGGGGAAGGGCAAGGGGAAGGGGAAAGGCAAGGGCGGGCCGGAGAACGGCAAGUUCCGGUUCCGCGGCGUCCGGCAGAGGAGCUGGGGGAAGUGGGUGGCGGAGAUCCGGGAGCCGCGGAAGCGCACGCGCAAGUGGCUCGGCACCUUCGCCACCGCCGAGGAGGCUGCUAAGGCCUACGACCGCGCCGCCCUCAUCCUCUACGGCCCCCGCGCGCAGCUCAACCUCCAACGCUCACCUGCUUCGACGGCUGCCGGCAACCGCCCUGACUUCCCUUGCUCCGCCGCCGCCGCCGCCGCCACUACCGCCUCCUCUUCCACCGCCACUCUCCGCCCUCUCCUCCCCCGCCCCGCCGGCUUCCACUACUUCCCCAUGCUCCCGCCCACCCUCUCCGCUGCCUCUGCCACUGCCUCUUACAACUACCCGCCAGCGCUUCUCUACGGCGGCGAAACUAACAACGCUACGACAGCGCUGCCGCCGCCGCCGACCGAGAUCGCAAGCUCCCGCGACGUCCAGGCAGGCGGGUCCUUGUUGAGCAUGUCCCAGUCGUGCCCGCCGGUGAUGACGGCGGAGUCGGCGCCGCCGCUGGUGUCGACUCCUCCUCCGUGGCCAUACGACGAUGACUUCGACGUGGCGGCUUCAUGUCUGUGGGACGACGACGACGCCACCAAUCCGUUCUUCGAUCUAUGA